AUUGCCAUCACCACCGCGCAAUUCUUUUCAUACUCUCCAAACUCAGAAAUUACACUUGCACAAUUUUAUUCAAUUCCAAUUUUAAAUUUGAUAAGCUGGAGGGAAGUUUUUAAUUUCUAAUCAUUAAGUGCUAAAGAUCUUAAGGAGAAUGGCAGCCAAUUUUAAUACCGAAACUGUGGAAGAGGAUGCGGCGGAUUUGUUAUUUCCAAAAGAAUUUGAAAAUGCGGAAGCUCUUCUCAUCUCUGAAGUAAGUUUGCUGCUGGAACACAGAAGUCAACAGAAUGAGAAUUCAGAGGAUGAGCAGGCUCUGUCCGAUGUGUUUCAAAAAACGAGAGAGUAUUGUCGCCGAUUUGGAAAAUUAAAGAACAACGAAUCCAUCACUCGUGUGCGAGGGCUUUUAAUGCAAAAGAAGCUACACAAGUUCGAACUCGUCUCUCUGGCCAAUUUAUGCCCAGAAACGCCAGAAGAAGCAAAAGCCUUAAUUCCAAGUCUGGAAGGUCGAUUUGAAGAUGACGAGUUGAGAGAAAUUUUGGAUGAUAUUCAUACAACAAUCAGUUUUCAAUCCGGUUAAUAUUUCCUGUAAUGUUUAUUUAGUUGUAUCAAGUAGCGUUGUCAUAUUAUGUUGUGCAUUUUCUCCAUAUGUUUUUUACCUAUUGCAAUGUUUAUAUUGGUAACUACAUUAUUGGUCGGUCAAUCCUGUUCCGAUCGUUGCGUGUCUUUCUAUGAUUAAAAUUUCCUAUUAAAAGUGUAAUUAUACCUUCAACCUCGCAA